UAAGGGCUUUUUUGAGAUUUCAGACUUUGUUUUAAGGGUUAAAGGUUACAUGAUAAUGAUAAUUAACUGAAACUGUUUUGUGUGGAUACAAUACUAACUAAUAUUAUAGUGAAAAUGUCCUUCAUUUUCGUCUUUGUCAACUUUUUUCAUACAUCAUGAAGAUGGAUCAGACAAAGGAAAUAAAGGCAAAAUUUACUGUGACCUCUUUUAAUCUCCCACCCAACAAAUACCCCAUUACAAAAAAACACUAAAACUAAUAAAAACUCAACUAAAACUAAAGCAUUUUCAAAAAAAUAAACUAAACUAAAACUAGCAAACUCACUCUAAAAACUCAUUAAAACUAAACUGAUGAAAAAUUCAAAACUAUUAUAACCUUGCAAGGGAAUUCACUAUUACAGAGGGCCCUCACAAAGAUAGAAGUACAAGAAUGUGUGUGCGUGCCAGGUGAUGAAGUAAGUGUGCCGGUCACAUCCCACAGGGAGACCGAAGCGUUGCUUCAGUUGCUCCAUCACAACGACAACAUACUCACUAAUGAACUCAACAACAUCCAGCACGGCCGACAUGGUAACACAGGGUAAACUUGAGAUCAACGCAGAUGAGAAUAUCGAAGAUAAAAACUCUCAUAAACUGGGAUGUUUCGGUUGGCUGUUGGUCAUCGUAUCUCUCCUCUUCGUCGCAGCAACCUUCCCAGUUACAAUAUUCUUGUGUAUUAAGAUAGUGAAGGAGUACGAGCGAGCUGUCAUUUUCAGACUCGGCCGGAUCACAAGCGGGAAACCUAAAGGGCCAGGACUUUUCUUUGUUCUGCCAUGCACGGAUAGCCUCGUCAAAGUCGAUCUGAGAACUGUGUCCUUUGACAUCCCUCCACAAGAGAUUCUGACCAAAGACUCAGUGACAGUGUCUGUUGAUGGCGUGGUGUACUUCCGUAUAAACUGCCCUAUCUCUGCUGUUGCCAAUGUGUCCAACGCACACUCAUCUACACGGCUGCUGGCUCAAACCACCCUGAGGAAUGUACUCGGUACCAAAAACCUUGCAGAACUGCUGUCGGACAGAGAGGGUAUAUCAGUCAAAAUGCAGGAGUCUCUGGAUGAAGCCACUGAUCCGUGGGGUAUUAAGGUGGAGCGUGUGGAGAUCAAAGAUGUGAAGUUGCCGCAACAGCUUCAGAGAGCCAUGGCAGCAGAGGCAGAAGCCAGUCGGGAGGCCAGAGCGAAGAUUAUUUCUGCAGAGGGAGAGAUGAACGCUUCCAGGGCUCUGAAAGAAGCCUCUCUGAUAAUUGCUGAGUCACCCUCUGCUCUCCAGCUGCGAUACCUGCAGACCCUCAACACCAUUGCAGGAGAGAAGAACUCCACCAUCAUUUUCCCUCUGCCCAUAGAUAUUUUGCAGAAUUUUAUGAGGAAAUAAUAUUAUUGCUAUAUAGUUAAUAUUACAGAUAUAAGCUUCAGUGGCAUCUCUCUCAGAUACUGCACUGCAAAAAAGGUCUAAAAACAAGAUAAAAACACUAAAUCUGAGGGAAAUUAUCUUGCUGC